AUGGCCAGACAAGAGCAAGUCCUCCAGCUUGAGCCACCACACGAACUGAAAUUUAGAGGUAAGACGGCAGGGCCGGACAGUUUGGUCUGCAAGUAUUUGACCAUCGUUCCAAGCUAGCUAAUGCAUUAACAGUAGUGUUGUUGAUAACUAAACAAUGGGUCUGCACACGGUGUAUCAUAUUUCAUAUUUGGUUUCUAGAGUAGUGACAAGCGAAGCGACAUUGUAUACCGACGUCUUCUACCUACCGAUGCUAACAGGCUAAUGGCUAGCUAUUUUAGCCUGCAAUGUAAAGCCAGGCCCUGGUAAUUUUCUCAAUCAAUUUUAGUUGCAUGUUAUUCAGUCAUAAUCACGAUCUCCCUUACUUGCGAGUCAGCUUUUGGCACCAUAAAUUAAGAUAUUUCUGAUAUAGCUACUACUAGCUAGCUAAAUGAAGUAUAAUUAAUUAAUUAAUUUAUAGUACUUUCUGAGGUUAGGGCGACACUAGGGAUAUUUCCAUUUCACAAUUACCUUUAUGGAUACAUAUAAGUGUUUUCUCAAUCCGUUCGUGGGACACAUUUGUUUCAGCCCUGACCACACACAUGAACAAGCCCUUGAUUAGUUGAAUCAGGAGUGUUAUUGUUAGGCAGAAACUGUGCACCUCCCAGAGGAAUUGAUUGAGAAAUACUGCAGAGAAAAGUGACUGUUGACAAUUGUCAGGCACAGGAUCAAUGAGUUUGAGCCGAAUUGUAAGGUUCUGAGUAGGACCAUUUUACCGCUUGUAAUGGAAUGAUUGAACAGGCUAUAAUUGAUGAAUGGAUUUGAGAAUUAUAUUAGGGCUGUCCCCGACUAAAAAUAAUCUUGGUCAACCGAGAGUCAUCUGUUCUUUCGACCAAUCGAUUGGUCGACAUUUUAAAACGUUUAUUUUUCCAUAUAUAUAGACACAUCCUAUGUGUUUUAAUCAAAUAAACUAUAUGCACUGAGCUUGUCUGAUGCUUUAAGCGCUGUGUUUGAUGAAAUAAUUAAGACACACAAAUGACUAGAGGGAGUCAGACCGCAAUUGAUUUGAUUGUGCCAGGCCGGGCUCAGACUUGCUGCGCUGUAUAUAUAUAUAUAUAUAUAUAUAUUUUAAAGAGAGUGACUGUGUGACUAGCACCGGUUGUCUCUCCCUCCUCCCUGCUGCAGCGACCACCACAGAACACCAACAGUGUUUAUCACGCUGUCAGUCUUGCUGAAGCUGCAACAUAAUUACAGCCAUUUCUGACUGAAGAGUUUUGUUACCGAAAUCCCUCAUUUGUUUAGGAAAAACAUUCCCUCAACCCUUGGCCUUGCUCUCUUUACGUGACACGUUUGCAUCGCAUGGACAUGACCAAUCGGGCCUGACCUAUAGCAUAUCAUAAUCACAUCAAUAAAUUGGUUAUAAUAAACUCUGAACACCGUAACACAUUUGACAGCAAAAUGGAUGCAGAGGAUGUGACAAAUAAUCUUGAAACUGGGGAAUGUUCACUGGUUGCUCAGGAGGUAAAGGGGAAGUCAGAUGUGUGGAAUACAUUUGACUAGUAGUGGAAAAUACUGGAGAUUAAGAAAAAUAAGGAGCAAGCGCUGUGUUCAUAUUAUGUGUGCCAGACAGGUGCAGUUAGAUUACUAUAUAAUUUUUCUGACCGUUUGGAACAAUGUAAACAACACUAAAUAAAAAGCAUACCAGAGAGUCUGUUGUAAGUUUUUCAUUUUUUUGUAAAGUCUUUAUUACAGUAAAGACUCAAAACGGUCACAUGCAUUUGUGAAUGCAAUUGCCGAAGUGGAACGGUUUAUUUAUUGUUUACGCUAAUUAUUCAAGGAUCGCUUUGUUAUUUUAUUUAAAAACUAAAAUGCUUGAUUGCAUUUCAAAUCAUGAAUGACUCAUAUGCUGUGUGAUGACAUGAACGCAUGAAUGAUUGAUUGAUGCAGUAGCCAAAAUACAGUGCAUUCGGAAAGUAUUCAGACCCCUUGACUGUUUCCACAUUUUGUUACGUUACAGCCUUAUUCUAAAAUGGAUUAAAUACUUCCCCUCCCUCAUCAAUCUACACACAAUACCCCAUAAUGACGAAGCAAAAACAGGUUUUUAGAUUUUUGUUGCAAAAAUAUGAAAAAUAAAAAACAUAUCACAUUUACAUAAGUAUUCAGACCCUUUACUCAGUACUUUGUCGAAGGACCUUUGGCAGCGAUUACAGCCUUGAGUCUUCUUGGGUAUGACGCUACAAGCUUGGUACACCUGUAUUUGUGGAGUUUCUCCCAUUCUUCUCUGCAGAUCUGCUCAAGCUCUGUCUAGGGCCACGUUAAAUUGAUAGCACUGCUGUCGCUGUUACAUUAGCACGGCUACAGAUUUGAUAGCUGGCUAGGUUUUUAUAAGGUUGGAUGGGGAGUGUCGCUGCACAGCUAUUUUCAGGUCUCUUCAGAGAUGUUCGAUUGGAUUCAAGUCCGGGCUCUGGCUGGGCCACUCAAGGACAUUCAGAGACUUGUCCCGAAGCCACUCAUGCAUUGUCUUGGCUGUGUGCUUAGGCUCUGGAGCAGGUUUUCAUCAAGGAUCUCUAUUUUACUCCAUUCAUCUUUCCCUCGAUCCUGACUAGUCUCCCAGUCCCUGCAGCUGAAAAACAUCCCCACAGCAUGAUGCUGCCACCACCAUGCUUCACCGUAGGGAUGGUAACAGGAUUCGUCCAGACGUGACGCUUGGCAUUCAGGCUAAAGAGUUCAAUCUUGGUUUCAUCAGACCAGAGAAUCUUGUUUCUAAUGAUCUAAGAGUCUUUAGGUGCCUUUUGGCAAACGUCUAGCUGUCUCACGUGCCGUUUACUGAGGAGUGGCUUCCGUCUGGUCACUCUACCAUAAAGGCCUGAUUGGUGGAGAGCUGCAGAGAUGGUUUCCUUCUGGAAUGAUCUCCCAUCUCCACAGAGGAACUCUGGAGCUCUGUCAGAUUGACCAUCGGGUUCUUGGUCACCUCCCUGACCAAGGCCCUUUUCUCCAGAUUUCUCAGUUUGGCUGGGCGGCCAGCUCUAGGAAGAGUCUUGGUGGUCCAAACUUCUUCCAUUUAAGAAUGAUGGAGGACACUGUGUUCUUGGGGACCUUCAAUGCUGCAGACAUUUUUUGGUACCAUAGCAAAGGGUCUGAAUACUUAUGUAAAUAUGGUAUUUCUGUUUUUAAUUUUUAAUAAAUUAGCAAACAUUUCUAAAAACCUGUUUUCACUUUGUCAUUAUGAGGUAUUGUGUGUAGAUUGAUGAGGAUUUUUAUUUAAUCCAUUUUAGAAUAAGGCUGUAACGUAACAAAAUGUGGAAAAAGUCAAGGGGUCUGAAUACUUUCUGAAUCCACUGUAAGUAUUGAAUAUAGGCCUAAGCAAGUUACAGUAUUUAGACUAAACAGGAUGCGCUGUUAGGCCUACAGCUCGAUGGUAGUUAUACAAGGCUGCUAUAAACUACUAAGCCUACUAAUGAUAAUGACAUUACUUAUUAUAAUGAUGAUGAUCAUAAUAGUAAUAAUAACAAUAAGGAGAUCAAUAAAAAGUUGACAAUUUGGAACAGUGUAGACAACACUAAAUACAUUAAGUAAUACCAGAGAGGCUGUUCUAACAAGAAAAAAAGUGUACAACUUUUAUUACAACAUGGCAAAGAUUAAAAACAGCCGAAUUUGUGAAAUUGUUUAUCCGACAUGUUGUAGUGCAUGAGGCUUGGUGCUCACAGAAUCAGUAGGCUAUUAAACAAACACUCAAACAGGCAACACAAGCAGGAUCUAUCUUAUUUCUGUACAUACACUACAUGACCAAAAGUAUGUGGACACCUGCUCGUCGAACAUCUCAUUCCAAAAUCAUGGGCAUUAAUGUCCCCCCUUUGCUGCUAUAACAGCCUCCACUCUUCUGGGAAGGCUGUCCACUAGAUGUUAGAACAUUGCUGCGGGGACUUGCUUCCAUUCAGCCACGAGUAUUAGUGAGGUCGGGCACUGAUGUUGGGUGAUCAGGCCUGACUCGCAGUCAGUGUUCCAAUUCAUCCCAAAGGCGUUCAAUGGACAAACCAUUUCUGUAUGGACCUCGCUUUGUGCACAGGGGCAUUGUCAUGCUGAAACAGGAAAAGGCCUUCCCCAAACUGUUGCCACAAAGUUGGAAGCACAGAAUAUUCUAGAAUGUCGUUGUAUGCUGUAGUGUUAUUUCCCUUCAAUAGAACUAAGGGGCCUAGCCCGAACCAUGAAAAACAGCCCCAGACCAUUAUUCCUCCUCCACCAAACUUUACAGUUGGCACUAUGCAUUGGGGCAGGUAGCGUUCUCCUGGCAUCCACCAAACCCAGAUUCGUCCAUCGGACUGCCAGAUAGUGAUGUGUGAUUCAUCACUCCAGAGAACGCAUUUCCACUGCUCCAGAGUCCAAUGGCAGCGAGCUUUACGCCACUCCAGCCGACGUUUGGCAUUGAACAUGGGGAUCUUAGGCUUGUGUGCGGAUGCUCGGCCAUGGAAACCCAUUUCAUGAAGCUCCCGACGAACAGUUAUUGUGCUGAUGUUGCUUCCAGAGGCAGUUUGGAACUCGGUAGUGAGUGUUGCAACCAAGGACAGACGAUUUUUACGCGCUACGUGCUUCAGCACUUGGCAGUCCCGUUCUGUGAGCUUGUGUGGCCUACCACUUCUCGGCUGAGCCGUUGUUGCUCCUAGAUGUUUCCACUUCACAAUAACAGCACUUACAGUUGACCGGGGCAGUUCUAGCAGGGCAGAAAUUUGAAGGACUUACUUGUUGGAAAGGUGGCAUCCUAUGACAGUGCCAAGUUGAAAGUCACUGAGCUCUUCAGUAAGGCUAUUCUACUGCCAAUGUUUGUCUAUGGAGAUUGCAUGGCUGUGUGCUCGAUUUUAUACAUCUGUCAGAAAUGGGUGUGGCUGAAAUAGCCAAAUCCACUAAUUUGAAGGGGUGUCAAGAUACUUUUUUAUUCCAGUGAAGGGAAAUCUUAACGCUACGCUACAGCAUACAAUGACAUUCUAGACGAUUCUGUGCUUCCAACUUUGUGGCAACAGUUUGGGGAAGGCCCUUUCCUGUUUCAGCAUGACAAUGACCCCAUGCACAAAGCGAGGUCCAUACAGAAAUGGUUUAUCGAGUUCAGUGUGGAAGAACUUGUCUGGCCUGCACAGAGCCCUGACCUCAACCCCAUCGAACACCUUUGGGAUGAAUUGGAACGCUGACUGCGAUCCAGGCCGAAUCGCCCAACAUCAGUUCCGACCUCACUAAUGCUCUUGUGGCUGAAUGGAAGCAAGUCACCUCAGCAAUGUUCCAACAUCUAGAGGAAAGCCUUCCCAGAAGAGUGGAGGCUGUUAUAGCAGCAAAGGGGGUACCAACUCCAUAUUAAUGCCCAUGAUUUUGGAAUGAGAUGUUCGACGAGCAUGUGUCCAGAUACUUUUGGUCAUGUCGGUUAUCUGUUGUCUAUUCUCUCCAUCUUUUCCAGGUCCAUUUACAGAUGUCGUCACAGCCACCCUGAAGCUUGGCAACCCAACAGAUAGAAAUGUGUGUUUUAAAGUGAAGACGACAGCGCCUCGUCGAUACUGUGUCCGUCCAAACAGUGGCAUCAUUGACGCAGGCACCUCCAUCAAUGUAUCUGGUUGGUAUCUUUUUGUUUGAUUAUAGGUGAUUGUAGCUGAAUAAUCUCAGGAACUAAUAGUAUGUUGAGCUGGUCAACGGAAGGUAACACGUUGCUAAGAGUUUGCUCGAUGCCAUUUGUCUGCUUUGUUUUGCAGUUAUGCUACAGCCUUUCGACUAUGAUCCCAAUGAAAAGAGCAAACACAAAUUCAUGGUGCAGUCCAUGCUUGCUCCAUACGACAUGACUGACAUGGAAGGGGUGGUAAGUGUCCAAAUGGAAUGUGGUAAAUCAUGAUCUGAUGAUCACAGUAAGUCUAUUCAAUCUUCUAGUUCAGACUUACUGUCUCAAGCCUCUACUUGUUUAGGCGUUGCAAGUGGGACAAAUGUGCUGACAGGAUAUGCUUCUCUUAUGAGUGUCAUAGAGUCCCUAUUUGGGUGUGGUCAUCUUGGUGUUCCUUUAUUAUUCCGUUUUCUGUCUGCACUCCCCCUCUUCUUCUCUUUCUCUCUGUCAUUCUUUCUAUCGUUCUGUCCUCCUUCUGGCUGACAGUGGAAAGAGGCAAAGCCAGAGGAGCUGAUGGACUCCAAGUUGAGAUGUGCAUUUGAGCUGCCGCUAGAGAAUGACAAAACUGUAAGUAUCUCCUACAUCACAUCAUUGCAUGUUUUUGUUUUUUUCUCGAUAUUCCUUCCCUCAUAGAUUUCAUCGUACAGUGUAAGAUUAAUUCAGAGCACCUUCAUUCCAUUCACAAAUAGAUCCUGAAUGAUUCGAUCAUCUCCACUCUAUUGCAUCUUUGAAACAGCCGUUGCCAUGUUUUGUUUUUUAUUUUGUGCUUCUCAUCCCCAUUCUGUUAUUCAUCUGCAUGUUUCUGUCUCCUCCACUCCUCUCCACAGCAUGACAGUGAAAGCAACAAAUAUGUGUCCACUACCCCCAUAAAGUCAGAGCUCUCCUCACUCCCUAAGUCGGCCAGCUCCUCCCUGGAUGACGGCGAGGUGAAGAAGAUCAUGGAGGAGUGCAAGAGGCUGCAGAUGGAGGUCCAGAGGCUACGGGAAGAGAACAAACAGAUCAGGGUGAGUCUCAAAUGUCCCUAGAACCCACAACAAUCAGAUCUGUUCUACACAGUGCAUUUGAUUUGCUCCAUCUGUAACAAUGCAGACUUACUUAACAGGCCUCUUAUUUGAGAUGGGUAAUUGACUGAUUUGAGAUCAGUAACUGCUUUUCACUGUUAUUGCUCAAAAACAGCUGUUCUAUAUUCAACAUGGUUUGACUGACAUUUGGCCUGUGACUCCUUCCCUCUACCCAGGAGGAUGAUGGUCUGCGGAAGAGGAAGGUCACGUCUAUGGCAUCCUCCCCCCACUCCUCUUCCUCACAGGCCAUGAUAAGGGAAGAGGGCCUGAGUACCCGCGUGCUGGCGCUCUGCGUGCUGUUCUUUGUCAUCGGAGUCAUCAUCGGGAAAUUGGCCCUGUAG